GUUCUGAUCCGCCAGGGAGAGGGAGCUGAGUCCAGACUGGUGGGAGACUGCACCAGGCGACCGCCAGAGCUUCAGAGGCUGUAGGGUGGAGGACCGUCGAAGGGUCCUCCACCCAGGGUCGGCAAGGCGGGGGUCAGACGAAUUGCCAGCUGGUUUGGUAGCUGACAGAAACAGUAUAUAAGAGCAGCUCUUUGACUUGUUCAGCACCUCCAGACAGGAAAGCUGAGACUACAGUCUGACGCUGAACGAAAGGAAAGAAGAAGGUGAAUAUUGUCUUCAAUCUACAUCAUCUCCACCAUGAAGAUACUUACUCUGCCGCUAGUUGUUGUUGCCUUGCUGGCUCUGAGCAAAGCUGCUGAUCCCCUGGUUAAAUCCGGAACUGAGAAAACUGUUCCUGAACAACCUGGGAAGGUGAAUCCUCUUCCACAAGGACUAGCUGGGAAUGUAAUGGAUGCAUCAGGAAAGAAUGUGGCCAAAAGAGCAACAUCUUGUCCUGGUGGUUGGACAUUUUAUAAUCGUCGCUGUUACCUCUAUGUUUCUGCUGGUUACUCAUGGGCCCAGGCUGAGAACUACUGUGUGAGCCAGGGUGGAAACCUUGCAUCUGUACAUAGCUCCAAUGAAUAUGAUUGGCUUAAAAGCUUUAUAUACAGCAGGACUAACAGCUAUCCACUGACCUGGAUCGGAGGCUCUGAUGCUCAACAGGAGGGCAACUGGUUUUGGAGUGAUGGCUCCCGCUUCAGCUAUAAAUCCUGGUGCUCAGGAAUGCCAAGGACCAACACUGGUCUCAACUGUAUUCUCAUGAACUACUCAGAUUGCAAAUGCUGGUUGGACUAUCCAUGCAGUUAUCAGUACCCAUUCGUCUGUGUGAGGAAAUGAGCAACGUCACAACAUCCUGAAAAAAAACCUAAUCAGUCUUACUUUUCUUGAUCUAUCUCCUAUUACUGUAAUGCUAAGUGUGUGAAGCGACAAUGUAGAAAAAACUGGUUGAUUGUCUCAGAUUGAAAUGUUACAGAAAGAAGGCUUGUAGCAAAACUUAUUCUCUUACUUUUCUUUACCAAAUAAAUUUUCUGAAGCAUUGAAA